CUAACAAUGUCCGCAAGGGGGCAGACAUUCAAAAGAAAGUCUAGUCACCGUUUGCGUGAUCUCAUCAUUACGCGACAGUGGUUCCUCAUGAGGAGUGUACUAUUUUUUUUUCUCCAAUACAAGCUUGAAAUCUGACGUUCAUGGCAGCAGAGGGUGUGGAAAAGACCAGUGAAGAUGCUUCAUCUUCGGGGAAGGUGUGCACCAGGUUCGACCUGGAGAAGGAGACCGAGCUUCGUUUCGAGGUGGAGGCCGGAGAGGCAGUGGAUCAGGUGGAGCUGGAGCUCCUGACGGGCAUGGCAGAGGUGUUUGGGUCUGAGCUCAACCGCAACAAGAAGUACAUCUUUGGACCAGGCUCCAAGAUCGCAGUUUUCACCUGGCAAGGCUGCAGUGUGAAUCUUUACGGAAAGCCAGAGGUGGCCUAUGUGUCCAAGGAUACUCCUAUGCUGCUCUACCUGAACACUCAUGCUGCCCUGGAACAGAUGAGGAAACAAGCAGAGCGGGAAAAUGAGAGAGGGCCCAGAGUGAUGGUGGUGGGACCUACAGACGUGGGGAAGUCCACAGUGUGCCGGAUGCUUCUCAGCUAUGCUGUGAGAGUUGGAAGGAGACCUACAUUGGUGGAACUGGAUGUUGGACAGAGUGGGGUUUCUGUUCCAGGGACAGUAUCAGCUCUGUGCAUCGAGCGUCCUGCAGAUGUGGAGGAAAGCUUCUCUGUCCAGGCUCCUUUGGUGUAUCAUUUUGGUUCUACUACUCCUGGAACCAACAUCAAACUUUACAACAAGCUGACAUCGUGCCUGGCAGAGGUGUUCUCUCAACGCUGUGAGGUAAACAGGAAGGCCAGUGUUGGAGGCUGCAUCAUCAACACUUGCGGCUGGGUGAAGGGUUCUGGGUACCAGGCUCUGGUCCACUGUGCCUCCACCUUUCAGGUGGACGUGGUGCUUGUGCUGGACCACGAGCGGCUCUACAAUGAACUCAAACGGGACCUGCCUCACUUCGUGCGCGUUGUCCUGCUGCCAAAGUCCGGAGGAGUGGUUGAACGCUCUAAGGAGUGCCGGCGAGAUGCUCGGGAUGAAAAGAUUCGGGAGUACUUCUACGGCUUCCGCGGACUGUCCUUCUUCCCUUUCUCUUUUGAAGUGCGAUUCUCAGAUGUUCGCAUCUACAAGAUAGGGGCGCCGUCCAUCCCGGACUCGUGCUUGCCACUGGGAAUGUCUCAGGAUGACACGCAGCUGAAGCUGGUGCCUGUGACUCCAGGAAGGGACCUGACGUAUCACGUGCUGAGCGUGAGCAGCGUCGAAGACGGAGUCGAAGACGCCAGGAAGAGCAUUGUGGAGAGCCCUGUGUGCGGGUUUAUUGUGGUGACUAACGUUGACACUCAGACACAGGUGAUGAAGGUGCUGUCGCCGGCACCCAGGCCGCUGCCCAGACACACGCUGCUCAUUAUGGACAUCCGCUUUAUGGACAUGAAAUGAAUCCACAUGUUGGAGAAGAGGACGUGGGAUAAAGUAAUAAUCAUAUUAGUGGGCAUUCCUGCUGCUUUUUGUUACUAAAUAGUUUUGUGCUUUGCAAGGAGAAAACAAGAUGGAAAUAACAGCAAUUAAAUUAUACCUUUUAUUAUAUUCUACACUGUACAAAUUUCUGUCAUUUUUAGGUGCUGGGAUAUUUUUAUUGAUAACUUGUUUCAUAUAAAUGUUUUUGGUUUUUUUCUUGAAUUAAAAAGAAAUGCUAA